UUCUGAACUUCCUGGACCCCCGGGCUGCUCCUCCGACUGGAGUAGAGUCUCACAGGGCCUAGUCGGGUCCUGUAGGGAAGCCCCCGGGCCUGGCCUGUGGCAGGUCGGCUUGAGGGGCUGUGCUAGUGCUCCCCAGUCGUCAUUCUCUCCCCAUGAUGAAGCCUGUGCUGCCUCCCCCACCGUCACCAGGGUCUUGAGCUGGGCUGUUUUCCCAUUGAAAGGGAGGUUUGAGAGUCCAUCGGGGGUCUGUGUCUUGGGGCAACCAGACUGGGGGACCCCGGGGACACCGGGGAGCCCCAGGCCACUCGGAUUUUGGCCAUGGGCCUGGCCAGAGCUCUUUCAUUCCUCAAGCAUUCAGGAAGCCCCAGCAGGUGCAGGUGCUUCUCUUGGAGCUGCCCGUGGCCCCGUGCACAGAGCUGACGGCCCCCCAGGGCUCUGGACUAGUCAGGUGUCAGAGGGUGACAGCCCCCAUGAUGAGAGGUCACGUCCACAGGAUGAUUCAUGUGAUGCCCCCCGCCCUCCUCUAGAUAUGGAUGCAUCGUAGCUGCCUAUGAGGAGAACGACGGAGUCCUGGAGCAGUGGAAAAUCUUCGGCCCGAGAACAACACCCUGAACCACCUCAAGAGCCUGCCCCAACUCCGACUGUGGGGCCUGCUCCACCUUCAGGACCUGAGGUGAUUGACCCGGUCCUGGCUGCUGGAGCUGAGGGCUUGGCCCGAGCCAAGAUGCCACCUGCUGAGUCGAAGCCCCUGCAGAUAGUGGUCACUGCUCUAGUUCACUGUUCUGCCCUGGAGGAGCCACCUGCACCCUUGGGACCCCUAGAGGAUGAACAGGCACCACCACCUGCUAUCGAGGUUGCCGAUGUGCUGGAGCAGUCACCUAACUCAAUGGAGCAACCGGCUUUGGACCCCAAGCAACACCCUGAACCAGCCCAAGAGCCCGCCCCAGCUCCGACUGUGGGGCCUGCUGAAGCUUCAGGGCCUGAGGUGAUCGAGCGAGUCCCGGCUGCUGGAGCUGAGGGCUUGGCCCGAGCCAUGAUGCUGGCUCCUGAGUCCAAAUCAGUGCACGUGGUGGUCGCACCUCUGAUUCCCUGCCCUGAUGAAGAGGAGCCUCCUGCACCCUUGGCCACCCUAGAGGAGGGAGUAGGCCCUGGCGCCUGUAAUCGGGGUCCCCAAAGUGCCAGAGCCGCCACCUGCCCUUGGAGCAACUGGCUUCAACCCCUGAGCAACACCCUGAACCACCUCAAGACUCCGCCCCAGCUCCUACCACGGGGCUCGUGAUGGCUCCAGCCCAGCAGAAGGCUUGCCCUCCCCUGUUAUUGCACUGUUUCUAUAUUUUGUGUUUUUCAUAAACCUCUAUAAUGGCUUAUGAAUUUUAUUUGUAAUAAAG